CCGUACGUGUCACCUUGCUGGUCACGGUGCUGCUGGAGGAUCUGAGAGUCACCCCGAAAAAUCCAACCUCCAAAUUAAGCACAAAAACCUGGAAACACAGCAGCCAUGGCAGCCGCGUCGGGUUCUGCUAAACCCAAAAGCUCUCCGAAGUCCAUCAAGUUCCUCUUCGGCGGCCUGGCCGGGAUGGGUGCGACGGUGUUUGUACAGCCUCUGGAUCUGGUGAAGAACAGGAUGCAGCUCAGUGGUCAGGGUUCGAAGGCUCGCGAGUACAAGACCAGCCUGCACGCGGUGGCCAGCAUCCUGCGCAACGAGGGAGUCGGGGGCAUCUACACUGGUCUCUCGGCCGGGCUCCUCAGACAGGCCACCUACACCACCACACGUCUGGGGAUCUACACGAUCCUGUUUGAGAAGCUCACCAAAAGUGAUGGGACACCACCAAGCUUCAUCAUGAAGGCCUUGAUCGGCAUGACCGCCGGGGCGAUAGGUGCUUUUGUGGGCACUCCGGCCGAGGUGGCACUCAUCCGCAUGACCGCAGAUGGACGUCUCCCCCCAGAUCAGAGGAGAGGUUAUAAAAACGUAUUUAAUGCCCUCAUUCGAAUUACCAAAGAAGAGGGGAUCACAACACUCUGGAGGGGCUGUAUACCCACAAUGGCCAGAGCAGUGGUGGUGAACGCAGCACAGCUGGCGUCAUAUUCCCAGUCUAAGCAAGCUCUUCUGGAUACUGGUUACUUCUCUGAUAACAUCCUGUGUCACUUCUGUGCCAGUAUGAUCAGCGGCCUCGUCACCACGGCAGCCUCCAUGCCCGUCGAUAUAGCUAAAACCAGAAUUCAGAACAUGAGGAUGAUAGAUGGCAAACCGGAGUACAAGAACGGACUUGACGUGCUGAUUAAGGUGGUGAGGAAGGAGGGUUUCUUCAGCCUGUGGAAGGGCUUCACGCCGUACUACGCCCGACUCGGCCCACACACAGUCCUCACCUUCAUCUUCCUGGAGCAGAUGAACAAGUUCUACAAGAUCUACUUCCUGGACUCAUAAAGUCAGAGUUAUGGAGUUGCACCGGUGGGGGUUCUGAUGCGGACCUGUGGGUGUGUGAGGGUGUGUGAGGGUGUUCGGCCUGUGUUUCAAUACUGUAUUUAACACACCCUCAUUGACCUCCUCUUACAGGUCUGAAGUAGUUGAUCAUCACGACUGUGUGUGUGUGAGUGUGUGAGUGUGUGAGUGUGUGUGUGUGUGUGUGAGAGUGUGAGUGUGUGAGUGUGUAAGUGUGUGUGUGUGUGUGAGAGAGUGUGAGAGUGUGAGAGAUGGAGUGUAUUAAAGAGUAUAAAAUACAGGAGAAGUCAAAAGCUUACAUACACUCCAGGGAUUAAAAUGAACUUUUAUUUUGGGCUUUUAAAAAUCUGCAGUCAAAAAUAUAUAGACAGCAAAUUCUAUAAUGUUGUUUUACUUUGUGGCACAAAUUUCUACCUUCUUAUUAGCGAUUAUAAUGAACUAUUAUAAUUUCUGUGCCCAUAUUAAUAGGGCUAGUUUGGCUUAACUAAGGACAGGACAAAAAGACUUACAAUUGUUGCUAAACACUUGGACAAGGAAUAAAAGUUAGUAAAAGUAGUUUUUUGCACAUUGAGCAAAAUAAUUAGAAUCCUAAGACUCAUAAAACAGCUGUAUGUAAACUUUUGACUUCUACAGCAUGUAUUAGAUUUAAAUAGUGAAGUAUUAGAUUAAAAUAAGGAAAACUAAGAGGAAGUGGAUGGAGGGUUGUGUUUUUUAGUAUUGAAACGCACCUCUAGUCUUACUCUGUCAGAAAAAGCUGCUGACCCUCAACGGCGUGGCUCCGAACCCUCUCCUGUUUAUCGGACUCUCGUAUUAUACAAACGUGUUUAUAAAUAAGAAGCUAGAUGAAGAUAUAAAGGAGCAUCUUGUACACUAAGCUACAUGGAAACACACAUCUCUGCCCUUAAAUUAAAAACUGAUUCUGAUUUUC